CCUCGGUCUGGCGUGUCAUCAUCAGAGCUGAACAGCAGAACUUGAGGGAAUUUUGUGGAGCAGCUGUUCGUCCUGACAACCGUGAAGGGGAUCUGCGCUUCUCUGAGGGCGAAGCCUGCUGACCGUGUCGUUUAGGGAGGGGGUGCCGAUACAUUUUCACACUCCCUCUGCUAGUUUCAGAGGCUGAAGCUUUUUCAAGGUGUGUCCUUUGGACGCCCCUGCAUUUUUUUUUCUUUAACCAGUCAGGAUAAACAACCCAUCCAGACUCACCAUGCCAAGUCCACUGGAGAAAGUCGUGGCACAGAAGAAGGAGGCCAUUGAGGCCGUUAUGGAGGUCUUUGAGAGAGGGGCGGAAGUGCUGGCCAGCACAGUUGGGGAGCUUUUCCCGCUGUGUGAAGCCGCUGCUCCGGUCCUGAGGCUAGCCCUGGACAACGUGCAGAGCAAAGAAGUGUUCUAUGUCAAAGAACAGUUUCUAGCUGUGAGAAACCGGCUUGAUAUAAUUUCAUCUCAGUUAGAGGACAUUGACUGUGAGAUUAAGAAGGGACGCCUGGACUCACAGUACUUUUCCGUGGAGGAGAACCUAUGCAAUCAGUUUCGCAAGUACCUGGACAUCUUGGAGGCCAAGCCCCAGUUCCGUGAGGUCAAAACGCGGUUGUUCUUGGAGCAUUUUAGCAAGACAGGAGGUGAGAGAAACCUCUAUGUUCUGUAUGACGCUUUAAUGGGGAACAACACAUUCGGAGAAUCCAUCCUGGAGGUGGUGGAGAAAUAUGAGGCUAGAAACAGGAGGGUCCUGGAGGAUUUCUGUGUCAGGAUGAAGGAACUCUUCUGCUUGGGGUUGAUUGCCUUGCUGGGCCAUUGUGCUCUUACCCAGGGGGAAGACUUAGAGCAAGAGAAGAUCCGAGAAUGGAGUGAGAAGAUUCAAGAGGUGGAGAGCAAGAUGAAGGCCGCCAUUGAAGAAUGUGUGACACUUUUCGCUGAGCAGGCUAGGCUGGACGUCCAGAGGCUGGUCCAGGGGAGAGAAGGCAAGAGUCUCCAGGACACUGCCCAGGAGCUGCUCAGUUUUCUGGUCAGGAAGUACGAUUGGGUCAGGUGGUCAGUCCGUGUCGUCAACCAUUCAGGAAGCAGCUACCGCAACUGGAGAGCCGGGGACAACUUCCAGUACAUGUCAGGACAAGGCUGGUUUGAUGUUUUGCAGGUGAAUGACACUAACGUGGUGGUGUCCUACUGCAGCAACCCCCAGCCUCUUCCCAAGGAGAGCAUCCAGCAGAUCAUGGAUGGUCCCGCUAAGAAGGGAGAUGCCAAAGCUGUGGUGGAAACUUUGGAGAAGCAACUGCCUGGGCUCGUGGUCCAUGCUGUAAGCCGUCAUAAGGAGAGUUAUGCAGCAUGGAACUUUCCAGAAGACUGCCAUCACUGGGAGAGACAUAAAAAUGUGGCCUUGUGCGUGCAUUCAGAUUAGCAUAGAGGUUAAAGAAAUGGUAAUGUGGAAUAUAUAGUAACAUACAUGAAACUUGAACAACCCUUCAGUUAAAUGUUUAUUAGGAAAUACUUUAUUGUAUUUUCAUCCCUAUGUAUGAUGUUCUAGCAGCUACUUGUAUUCUGUACUCGUAUGUAUCAUACUAAUCACUGUC